AUGGGCGUUUCGUUCAAACUUCUUGCUUUGAGUGCUUUGAGCCUCGUUCAUGCUCAGGCCGUUAGCCUUGAUCCCUCGAUAUUCUAUACCGUUACCCUCGCGAAAGGCAAGGAUGCGGGAUGUAGCCCUCUCAAAAACAUGUUGAGUAAUCAAGGCUGUGACCAAACCACGCAGGAUCUUUGGUACACAGACGACGGAACGCAUAAUCAACGUUAUCGUUUUGUUCCAGUUCCAGGGAUGGCUAAUACCUUCAACAUCGUCACGGGUUGUGCCCAAUAUCUCAGUUGUCAAGACUGUGGAGGUAAGACUACGACCGACCUUUACAGUAUGGAUGACGGUAGUGGCCGUCAAAGAUGGGUCUUAAAUCCCGUAUCUGGUGCUGCCAAUACCUACACGAUUCGUGUCGCAGGAGGACGAGAUGCCUCUUGCGGUGUUUACCUUUCUACUAGCUCAGCAUGUGAGGACACAUUCGUCGAUCUGUUCACCAAGGACGACGGUUCCGGUCGCCAGCAAUGGGUGCUAAAUCCAAUUCCGGUCCAGGGGGGUUCUUUACCGCUGGAACCUUUCAAGUACAAGGAGUUACCCCUUGGGGCCGUCAAACCUACCUCCGAUAGUUGGCUCAUGAAUCAGCUUCAGGCCCAAGCGAAUGGCCUUCACGGACAUCUCCAGGACUUCUGGGGACCCAUCCAGAAUUCCAAGUGGAUCGGCGGCUCUGACGACUAUAGCAGCCUGGGUGAGGCGGGCUCGUACUGGUUGAACGGCGUUGUGCCAACUGCCUUCCAGACGAAUGACCAGCGACUUUUGGGCUCCGUGGGCUCUUGGAUCAACUACAUCCUACAGCACCAAGGUUCAGACGGUUGGAUCGGUCCCGAUAGUAAUCCGCGAGUUUUGUGGGGUCGAUAUCCCGCCUUGUUAGCCAUGAUGCAAUACGCACAAGCCAAUUCCACCGCCACACCAACAAUAGUGAAUAGCUUGCAGAGAUUCUUUGUGCAGAUGAACAACAUGUUGAAGAACGGAGGAAGUGGACUCGAAGAGUGGGGUAUUAUGAGAUGGCAAGAUGCAUCUAUUGUGGUCCAGUGGCUUCUCGAGAACCACCCGAAUGGCCAGGAAUCAACAUACACCAAUAUACUGAAUCUGUUACGUUACGGGGGCGCAAAUUGGAAAGAAAUUUUCACCGAUGGCAACUUCCCGACCGUCGCAAUCAACCGAGUAGAUAUCAAAGCACACGGAGUAAACGUUGCGCAAGCAAUCAAAUCUGAAGCGGUAGCGUAUCGAUUCAGUCAUGAUGCUUCCGACUUGGAAUCCACUCGGAAUCGCAUAGACCUCAUCGAAAGGUAUCACGGACGCGUGAGUGGCGUUUUGGCUGCAGAUGAACAUCUCGCGGGCCUGCAUCCUGCCAGGGGAUCGGAACUGUGUACUGUGGUGGAACAGUUGUACAGCUACGAAUACGUGUACUCUGUCCUUGGUGACAAUCAGUACGCUGACAAGGUUGAGAGACUUGCGUUCAACGCUUUGCCCGGGACUUUGACGGACGAUAUGUGGGCCCACCAGUAUCUGCAGCAGAGUAAUCAACCUUGGGCGAGACAUAUGGAUCCCAGCGUUUUUGCUACGGAUGGACCUGAUUCCAAUACAUUUGGCUUGGCACCAAACUAUCCAUGCUGUGCUGUCAAUCAUGGACAAGGAUGGCCCAAGUUCAUUAGCCAUGCUUAUAUGACCUCUUCCGAUACUUCCACUCUAUAUCACGUUCUUCUCUCCCCCACGACAGUGUCUACCUCACUGUCUGGGAGCAAUGCGGUAACGGUCACCGCCCGAACAAAUUAUCCUUUCAGCUCUCUGAUCCAAUACAGUACAUCUGGUUCCAAAUCCUUCAACUUUGGGGUCCGUGUACCAGGAUGGUCUUCUGGUUCGGUUACGUACACCGUCGAUGGCGGUAGCCAGCAGUCGGGGUCUGCCAAUAACGCUGGUUAUAUUGUCAUCAAUGUUCCGGCAGGGUCUCACACACUCGUUGUGAACAUCCCCAUGAACAUUCAAAAUGUAAGCAGGUAUAACGGAUCCAAAGCUGUGACGCGAGGGCCAUUGGUAUAUUCACUGGACGUCCCGUUCAGUACGACUGUCCUCAACACUUAUGUAUUCAAUUCUAAAGAUCUGCGCUUCGAUCCCACAGCCCCUUGGCAAUAUGCGUUAGACACUUCGAGCUUGGAAUAUAGCGGGGAUGCUGUGACCCUCCAACAACAUGUGUGGUCAAAUAGCGCCGCACCCGUGUCAAUUAGCGCAAGUGCCUGUCUCGUCGACUGGGAAGAAGCGACCAAUACCGCGGAUUCACCUCCGAACUCUCCUGCAAGUUGCAAGGCUGCUCGGCAGCAAAUUAAGCUGAUCCCUUACGGUGCGGCAAAGCUGCGGAUGACGGAGAUGCCUACUUUGUAG